UACACCUCCUACAAACAUAAGAUCACACAUCAAAAGCCAAAGAUCAUAAGAAAGAUUAAUAAUGGAUAUUACCAUUGAUUCUUCAGUUUCAAAGCUUCCUAUGAAAGAAAUCCCAGGUGAUUAUGGCCUCCCUUUCUUCGGGGCAAUAAAGGAUCGUUAUGAUUUCCAUUACAACCAAGGCAACGAGGAAUUCUUUAGGUCUCGCAUGAAAAAGCAUGGAUCCACUGUCUUUAGAAGCAACGUCCCUCCUGGCCCAUUCAAUGCUCCCAACUCCAAAGUCAUUGUUCUUGUGGAUGCUGCUAGUUAUCCCAUCCUCUUUGACAACUCCCAAGUUGAUAAGGAUUCCCGCUUUGAAGGCACUUACAUGUCCUCCCCUACUUUCAACGGGGGUUAUAAGGUUUGUGCUUUUCUUGACACUACUAAUCCCAAACACUCUACAUUAAAAGGCCUUUUCUUGUCCACACUAGCUAAGUUGAAGGACAAAGUCAUCCCUUUAUUUACUAGCUCAAUUUCCGGGUUGUUUACUAACCUUGAGAAAGAACUGUCCGAGAAAGGGACAUCAGAAUUCAACCCCCUUAGUGAUAAACUGUCAUUUGAAUUCACCUUUGAGUUUUUCUGUGGGGGAAAAAGUCCAGCUGAUACAAGUCUUGGUGAUAAUGGAUCAAAAUCUGUAGACAAGUGGGUGUUCUUUCAGCUAGCUCCAUUGAUUUCACUAGGCCUCAAAUUUGUACCAAACUUCCUUGAAGAUCUGGUUCUGCAUACUUUUCCUCUACCAUAUUGCCUUGUCAAAUCUGAUCAUCAGAAAAUAUAUAAUGCUUUUUACAAAAACAUGGGGUCUAUUUUAGAUGAAGCUGAGAAGCUUGGACUGAAAAGAGAUGAAGCAUGCUAUAACUUUGUUUUUCUAGCAGGAUUCAAUUCAUAUGGCGGUAUGAAAGUGUUCUUCCCAUCUUUAAUCAAGUGGAUUGGAUCAGCAGGACCGAGUUUACACAGUCGGCUCGCCAAAGAAAUCAGAGCCGCUGUUAAAGAAGCAGGAGGGGUCACUAUUUCAGCACUAGAGAAGAUGACGUUGGUUAAGUCUGUGGUGUAUGAGACAUUAAGAAUGGACCCUCCAGUUGCAUACCAAUGUGCAAAGGCCAGAAAAAAUAUAAUCAUCAGUAACCACGAUGCAUCAUUCUUGAUCAAGAAAGAUGAAUUGAUUUUUGGGUAUCAGCCACUGGCCAUGAAGGACCCCAGAGUUUUUAAGAACCCAGAGGAGUUUAAUGCAGAUAGAUUUGUGGGAGCUAGUGAGGCAUUGCUUAAGUACGUGUACUGGUCAAAUGGUAGGGAGACGGUUGAUCCAACUAUGACUGACAAACAAUGUCCUGGCAAAGAUUUGAUAGUGUUAUUAGGCAGGAUAUUGGUGGUGGAGUUUUUCCUGCGUUAUGAUACUUUUGAAAUUGAAUUUGCAAAGUUUUUGCUUGGUUCAAAGGUGACUUUCAAGUCAGUAACCAAGGCAACAUCAUGAAGUGAAAUGAAUGUCAGGAAUUGAGUAUUUCGCAAUAAGGAAGAACUUCCUCAAAAGAUUACAAUCUAGGGGGAGUUCAAAAUCUAGCUUUUCAUGAAAAACUUUAAUUUUCUUAUGUAGAUUUUGUGUUAGAACUCACGCGAUGCGUGGCCAAUAAAGCAAGUUAAUUAUGGAAAAAAAUAUUAUCUAAUAAUAUUUGACCUUAUUAGAUGGUUAUUGUUA